UAUUCAUGACUCAGCUUAUGAGGGGAGUGGCUGUGUACUGUUUAACUGAUAACCAAAUGCGAGCUUUUUCUCAGUUUUCAGAAGAUACUAUGGAUGAAAAUAGUGCGGGGAGUGAAGAAAGUCAAGUACAAGCAGAAGAGAGACGUCCUUCUCUCCUCGCCCGUUUCUUCAAAUCAGGAGAUCUGCCGUAUCCUCGCCGUAUAGCCUAUGGAAUCGGUCAUGUCUUCAAUGACUUAUGCGCUUCAAUGUGGUUUACCUACUUCCUUCUCUUCUACCACCUCGUUUUACGGAUAGAUAAUAGUGAUGCUGGUCUCUUGGUUCUCAUUGGUCAGAUUGCCGAUGCUCUAACCACACCUGUCAUAGGACACUUCUGUGACAAUACUUCAAAUCGUUACGGUGGUCGUAAAACAUGGCACUUGAUUGGUACCGGUAUGGUCGCUUGCUCGUUAUUCUUUUUCUGGCACGAGUGCAUUUAUUGUUCCAUGCAACCGAUGAAAUAUCAGAUAUUAUAUUUCUCGUGUUUCAUUAUUGUUUUUCAAGCUGGUUGGGCUACAGUACAGGUGUCACACUUGUCUUUAAUACCAGUACUUACUUCUGAUAAAAGCAUUAGGGUUGAGCUUAAUUCAAUUAGAUAUGCGUUCACCAUUUUAUCUAACUCAGGUGUCUUUAUAGUAGUUCUUGUCCUCCUAUCAUCGGUCAAUAAGUCGAGUCAGAUAACACCCAAUGACCAGUGGCUAUUCUCAGGGACUGCUCUUGGUAUUAUUGUGGUUGGUUUAUCAUUUGUGUUCAUGUUUCAUAUUGGUACCAAGGAGCCCUCUAAUGGAGGUCAUGGUUCGGCAGCUGGUGAUCAGCCCACUAACAAUCGGUUGCCUUGGUAUCGCUGGUUCUUAAAUCCAAAGUUUUAUCUGGUUGCUCUCAUAUAUAUGUCUAGUAGACUGAUAGUUAAUCUAACCCAAGUCUAUAGUCCUUUGUACAUGAUUGACACUUUAAAAAUGUACAGGUCCAGUGUUGCUAUCAUUCCAUUGGUAAUAUACUUCAGUGGACUAAUAGCAACUUUCUUUAUGAAGCGAUUGAAUGAGUUUGUUGGCAGAUAUGUAAGUGUGAAUGACUAUUAUCUGGGUUUCUCACUCUGACCUGAUUUUUGAGUAACUUUAAAAAUUCAUAAAAAAUCCAAAUUUGAUCGGAAUCUGCUCAA